UCAAGCCUCCCAGCUGUCAAACAUGAAGAUAAAAACAAGCGUGUACACAGUGCUUCGGUUCUCCCUACUAAUUAUUGGGUUCUCUCUGGUCUGCCUGGGAGCCUUCUAUGUAUCUUCCAGCUAUGUAUGUAAUUGUAAAAGAGAGAUAAUCGUGGCAUACACUUUGUUGCCAGCAGGAUUUAUUCUGCUUUUAGUUGGAGUUUUUUGGAGCACAUAUCAUGAGGCCAAUCACAAAAGUCUGUUCCAUAAUAUGAUCAGGCGAAUCCACAGUCAACAAGAAGUACAUAUCGAGACAAUAGACAGACCAGAUUUCUAUCCACCCUCAUAUGACAGUGUAAUUCAAGAAAUUCAGUUACAACCAGACAGCAAUGACGAUGUAAUUGCAGCUGAAGAAUACCUGAAUAUUCCUCCUCCAUUAUACACAGAGAGCUCCAUGGACAUUGUGAAUGAAACCUACUCCAGCCAAGAGCUUCCACCCUCAUACGAAGCAUCGGUGCAGCCAACCAACUCAGACACGGGAUCCAGCACAGAAGGGGACUCUUGUCCAAUCCAUGUAAAUAUUGUGGAAACAAGUAACUGAUUACUCAAGUGUUUUUAUUAACCAAAUUACGAAGAUGAGCAUGUCACGCCAAAUACGAUCCAGGCUCUCUGCUGUGUGAAGGCAGUGCGUCCGUGCACCUGCUGAUAGAACGAGCUCUUCAGAUGUUCGUGAAUCUCACUCACAGCAAGAUGCAUUUACAUGAGUGAUGACAGCAUUGACGGGGAUUGUGGAGUAGUAUACCUGUGAAUCUGAGUUAGCUAAAUAGAAAAAGCAGUGUGUUUCCAUCAUUUAUUGCAGUAUCACCAUGAAUUCUUUACAGAUGCACGCAGAUAUAUACAGGUAUACCUAUCUGAGUGGAGCCAAGACCGUUUGAGAAAGGAGAAUGGCUAGAUAGUACAACAGGUGUAGCGAACAGACUUAUUAUACAAACACGCUGGUUACCAGUUGGUAGAUUGUGUUUUUUCUAUAUGAACCUUAAUAGAACAUACAUGCGAUCAGCUGUAUACAAAUACAUAUGUCUUCUCAGACACUGUUUGUAUCUAGCUACCCUGUGGGUCUUUUCACUAAUCAGUGAGUAAUGAUGAGCUAAAACAAAACUUAAUGAUUUAGGUCUAGAUACAGAGGAGAUGGAGACUGGUUUUAUAUUUUACAAGUCAUCUCAACUGGUCAUAGCUCACGGUUUGGUGAUAUAAUCCAUAUAUAUGACUUUUUGUAUAUCUGUUCUGUUGUUUGUCCUACAGUGGGGAAAAAGCACAGAUGUGUUAUAGGGAUAUCAAACAGACUAAUAGGACUGGAUGUCUUGUUAGUUACAAAUAGUUGCACUAAAAGGUUGAAAAAUAAAUAUAUAUGAGGUCUGUGAUUCUAUUUAUUAAGUUUACUGAUAUUUCAUUUAUAUGACUGAUAUGAUCAAUGUAUGCUUUGUUUAGUAACCCCUUUAGAACCGUAUAGAGUGCAAUCGUAUUAUGAAAGUCCUGACAGUUUCUCGGCAAUGCAGGGCAAAUAACUUCUUUCUUUCAUACACAAAUAACAAUUGUCAAAGAAAUUUCUGAAAUUGAAAGCAGUGUGAAAUAUAUGUCAUAUUUUGCAAUAUUCUGAACAAGCACUUAGUAGUUAUCCAUGCUGAGUAAACACUUUUUGCCGAAUGUC